AUGCCGCAAACACCGCCCGAACAAUACAAUUCUAUGACCGAGCGCCUGUGGUCCUUGUACGGCAAAGGCCUGUUCGCCGAUGGACUGCAGCUGAAGAGCCUACCUGGUGAAGACAGAUCGACCGCCACCGAAGUUUACUGUCCAGACGUGCGACGUUCAGGCUUCAACAACAAUAUCUCGAUCAAUCAUUUGGACGUGGUGUCAUGUUGGAAAGGCCUCAGCCUCCAACAGGCAGAGGAGGUUCUCACAUGGGAACGCAUCUUCCGGAAGGCGCUAGAAGAGCAAAUCGUAGAUAGCGUUUACGAAAUAAUUUCCACUCUACUGGCUAUCGACGAUGAUACCUUCACCCUUUCACAUGAUUUUAACAUCGAUCUGCAAGGUCUCGUGCAUACGAUGCUCGAAUCUUAUUAUGGCGGCAAGCCUGGCCAACGACCCGCGAGCACAUGGUGUCUUUCGGAUGAAGAUCUACCUAGCUUUGCAUACAAUUUUGUGCGCACGCGCGACUGCUUCAUCGAUGCCUCUCUUUGUCCCCGCGUUCAAGUUGACCUUCUCUUUUCACUGCCCAUGACAUCGAUCGUGGGAGAAGUAAUCUGGCAGCCCCCAAAUGUCAGCUUCCCCGAGCUCCCAACCACUUUACCUCCUGGAGCGUCUUAUUCAAUCCACCCCGAGUAUCGCUCACCUGACUAUGGCAAUGCUACCGGGCCUCGGUUUGCAGUCUUUCACGACUUCGUUAAGUUCACGGUUGAUUCGCAGUGCCUCCCACUAGAGUGGUCCCAAGCUGAGCACAGCUUCAAAGCCAUUGUCCCGCGGAGCGAUGCACCGACCAUGGAAACGACGCUAACUGCCAAGAGUACGAUGCAUUUCCCUGCAGGAGUCCGAUUCGAACGUAGCAGCCGUUACAACAUCAAACUCUCGGCUAAGACCCAUGCGAAAUCACUCCAAAGCGAUGAUAUCUCGUAUCAUUUAUUACAGCGGAUGGACAGUAUGUCGCCAGAAGAGAAGCUUCCUGUUCCGCAAAAUACGGCCAUGUCUCUAAAAGGAACCGAUGAAGCGAAGUCCGAGUCACCGACGAAGGCGGGUGCUGCCCGUUCAAAAGUUCAGUCGUAUGCAGAGUGCAAGAAAGAAAACAUAAACCGCAUAAACGUCAUAAUGGACAAGCACGUCGAAAAUAUCGCACGUGCUGAGACUGUGUCAAACAUCCGCUACAACGGCGGAUCUACCAAGCGCAAAGCAGAGCGACAGAUGCCCAUCAGCUCUGUCUUUGACGUGACACCAUCCAAAGCUACUCGGCUUGCUUUGGACGACAUCGAUGAUGAAGGGUCUCUGGAGCUGACUACGAAACGGCAGCGGGUUUGGCAGAGUAAAGCAGUGCAAGACAGAUCCUCUGAUGUCGUCGAUCUGAUAACCGAAGACGAGCUGAUGACUGAUGACAAAGGUGCUAUGGCCGAGGCAUGGACUGAUAAGUAUAUGGAUGCUCAAGUCGGCUGUGCCACAAAGAUCUCGAAGCCGCGGGGCAGUUUCGAACAGACACAAGCCUCAAAAUCUCGCGCAUAUACUACUAGCACCGGAACCUCACGGAUCAUGCCUGCGCUUCGCAGGAAGGGCAGCGUCAAGCGCAUGUUGUUCAAUCACCCAGGCCGGGAUCGAAAGGCUGAUUCCCCACUUGAGGUCGAUACGCAGCCAGUCGAUAACAGGAACUCGAUGCUAACAUGCCUCGAAGAUCUCGAGCUGUUGGGGGAUGGAGCUUGUGGCCCUGAUCAGGCCACUAUUCGUGGUAAUUACGAGGAGUUUGUUCAGAAAUCCAGGCACAUGAAGUUGGACUCAGAUGAGGCCCGGGAGGCGGAGGAGUAUGAGAGCUUCUUCUUGGAUAGUCCGAGUGGAGCGAGCUCGGUGUCUGAUGGGCUGUCGGCGAUGUCGCUGGGCGCCGACUGA